CUGUCACUGUCAGCUUGAUAAUGUCACGUGGUCUAAAUACUUGAUAACCUCACUUGUAACCUUACUUUUGUUUAUUAUUUAUAUUUUCCUGAAAAAUAUUUAAAUUAAGCAUUUCAUAAAAAAUCAUAAUAUGAAGAAAAAUAAAGGAGUUGCACGAGCUCCUCUUGUCAAUACCAGGAAAGCCCUCCGCAAGCAAAAAAGACAGGACAAAAAAAUACAUCGUAAGGAGCACUAUUUAAAGAAGAAAUCUAUACAAGAAGCUCCUAAAUAUGAACCAGGCAGGUUCGUUAAAAGACCGGCGGAUUCCCCUGGUCCUGACAUAGAAGUAAAGAACAAAAAACCUAAGCAACAGCCAUCCUUCCAAGACGUCCUUAGCCGGCAAAUAGAAAAGGAAAAAAGUGAAACACAAAAAUUGAAGUCUCAAAUGGAGAAACAAAGAAAGAAGAUGCUGGUGCAAGCAAAUGAGGAAGAAGACAAGAUCAUAAAGAAGCUAGAAAAACAACUUGGUCUGAGUAAAUCCAAGAACAAGAGUAAUUACUUUGCUGAUGAUGGUCUGGACUACCUUUUAGAAAUAUGUGACAGAGCCACAUCGGAACAAAUAGUCGCUGCUGAGAAGCAUCUUGCAAAUGUUGAAAAUGAAUCUGACUUUGAGGAAGACCUAGCUGUAGUCACUGGUAAACAAAGUAGUAAGAAUAACAAUAUUGGUCAAAAUGGAGAAGAUUAUAGCCAAUCUGAUAAUGAAGAGAUUAAUGAAGAUGAUGAACAGAAUAAUGGAGAAUUUGAUCUGUCUGGUGAUGAAGAUGGUAAUGAUAGUGAAAUAUUUGAGAGUAGUGAUGAUGAAGAAUUAGAUGGUGAAGAUGAACCUGAAGAACUGCCAACAAAGUCACAGAAAUCGCAAAAUCCUAAAUUGAAGAAGAUAAAUGAUGAUGAAAGCAAUUCAGGCGCAUCAACAAAGCCUAAAAAUUCCAAUAAAAAAGAAAAGGUUAUUUCAGAAGAUGAUUUAAGCAAAGUUUUCAGCGAUGAUGAAGUUUCACAUUUGUCUGGUGACGAUGACGACUUAGAGGCAUUCUCCGGUGAUGAUAGUGAUGGACCAAAGGAGAGUAAUGAAAAACCUGACGUUUGGGAAGAUAUCUAUGGGCGUAAGAGGGAUAAGGAAGGCAAUAUUAUUAAGGAAGAAAAAGGCACAUACAUUCCACCAUAUUUGAGAAAUAAAGACUCAGCAUCAGAUAAAGAAUUGGAGCAACUGAAAAGACAAGUCAAAAGCGUCCUAAACAAACUGGCCGGCACGAACCUCCACUGGGCGUGUAACACCAUAGAGAGUCUAUACUCAAACCACAGUCGCAACUCGGUGAACACGGCCGUGGCGCAGCUGUGGCUGUGCGCCACGGCCGGGCCGGAUGCGACGCCGGACCGGAUGCUGGCGGAGCACGCGGCGUUGGUGGCCGUGCUGCAUGCCAAUGUUGGUAACGAGAUUGGAGCGCAUUUCCUUCAAGAGCUGUCAAAGAGAUUUGACGAAUUGGUGCUGCAUCCACAACCGCAGGAAGACAAAAGAUUGGACAAUAUUGUAUCCUGUUUCGCUCAUCUUUAUUGUUUUAAGCUGUACCAAGCGUCUUUGCUAUACGACAUUCUGAACAGACUGUUGGAAGAACUAUCAGAGAAACACAUAGAGUGUGUUGUGUUGGCGUUGCGUUGCGCGGGCGGCGUUCUGCGCAAGGACGAGCCCGCAGCGCUCCGGAGCCUCGCGCUGCGGGCGCGGGCGGCGGCGGCGCUCGCGCGCGACUGCGCCGCUCCUGGAUCCCGAAUAAAGUUCCUGCUCGAAGUCCUGAUGGCGGUGAAAAACAACAAUUUGACGAAAAUACCGAACUACGAUCCGUAUUACGUGGAACAUCUCAGGAAACUGACGCGAACUAUUAUCAGAAAGGGGAACUAUGUCACACCGCUCAAUAUCGGAUUGGAGGACUUGCUGAAAGCGGACGAACGCGGCAAAUGGUGGGUGGUGGGUUCGGCGUGGGAGGGAAACCAGAUCAGGCAGGAGGAGAAAGUGAAGUUGCCACCGACCAUAGACCAGAAAUUGUUAGUGUUGGCGCGAAAACAGCGGAUGAACACUGAUGUUAGACGGAGCAUAUUCUGCGUUAUCAUGGCUGCUGAGGAUUAUAUGGACGCGUUCGAGAAACUCCAGCAUUUAGGGCUGAAAGGGCAACAAGAGAGGGAGAUAGUACAUGUCUUGCUCGCAUGUUGUCUUCAAGAGAAAACAUACAAUCCUUACUACGCUGUGUUGGGGCAGAAACUGUGCGACACAGAUAGGAGAUAUCAGUUGUCCAUACAGUUCUCCACCUGGGACAGGAUAGAAGAUAUUGAGAACCUGCCGAAACAGAGUGUAACUAAUUUAGCGAUGUUCCUCGUGCACCUUAUAAUGGAGAAAGGAUUGCCGCUUUCUGUGCUAAAGAUUAUUCAAUUCUCGGACUUAAAUAAAACGACGGUACGGUUCAUGAGACAGAUCCUGCUAGCCAUCAUAAUGAACGUGAAUCUAGAAUCUUCUCUAGAAGUUUUCUACAGGAUAUCGAAACCGCCAAAGCUCCAUAUGUUCCGUGAAAGCCUUAAAUUAUUCAUACAACAUUUCUUAAUAAAAAACGCCGGUAAAAAAACGGAAGUUUUGAGCGACGACGAUAUGGCAACACUGAAAGGAAGGGCGGUUGAAGUCGAUAAGAUAUUGACGAUGCACGAAUCUAAAUUGAGGUUAUAAUAUUUUUGUAUUUACGGUUUAGUUGUAUAAUAUAUAUAUUAAAUAAAUAUAUUUUUUCCUAAACUUAAAA